AUGCAGCUAACUAUAGUUCACAGCAGAUCGCCAGUGAGGUAUAUUGCACGGAUUUUAGUGUGGCGACAGACAUCAUUUGGCUAUCGAAGUCAAAUCUUAUUAUUACUCAAUAGUACAGAAUUGAUUCUAGUAUUCCGUAGUACCGAAAAGUGGCUUAGUCUUACCUAUGGUUUAGCAAGCGCUAGUUGGAGUAUGGCAAUCUUCAUCAAUUUAGCGCCACGGGUUGGUAUAGAAACCAAUCAUUCUCCAACAUCAACAAUGCCUUUAAUGGUAAAUGCACCUGUCAGAAUUUGGACUAUGAUCGAAAUUCCAAUGAGUGAUGCCGAUUCAAAUGCUGUAAACAAAUGUCGUUGGGCCACAUCGUCAGGUACACUCAAUGGAUUAAGUGUCGAUGAAUGUGCCGAUGCAUACAAUAUAAAUGCGUUACCAUCAACAGUUACACUACAAACAUUCGUGACUAAUCGAUGCCAAGUGAAUGUAAGUUUACCGUAUGCAGGAUAUUAUAUAGUAGCGAUUCAAAUAGAAGAUUUUCUUUCAAUAUUUUCAACAAUUGCACUACGUUCAGUUACACUUCAAUUUGUACUUUAUGGAUUCGAUAGCUACAAUACAGUUACAGCGUGUAUGACGCCACCGAUUAUAACAAACAUUUUACCUUGGUCAGCUGUUAAUGGUGGAAACAUUAAAAUGUAUUGUUUUAUUAUCGAGAGUCCAUCUGGUAUGCAAAAAUCAAGUUUUCCUUAUGCUUGGACAACGGUACCGUAUUAUGCAAUGAAUUUAACAUGA